AUGUCAAAGAACCAAAAACAACUUCUCCUUGAAGAAAGAUUAUUAUCAUUUUCUAAAAUGAUGGACGAAAAAUUAAAUCUUCCUCCUAACUCUCGUUUAGAACGCUAUUUUAAAGAUAUUUUUUCUGUAAAAAAAUUAUCUGUUAUUGAUUUAAUUUAUCGCACUAUGUUCCCUUUUAAUCUUGAUGCACAAAAAGUUAUUGAACAAAUAUUUUUACAUUUACAAUUCCCUCAAAUUAAAUUAUUAAAUCCUUUUUAUACUAUGAAAAAGAAUAUUCAUAAAAUUAAAGGUAACGUUUAUGAUUCUCAACUCGCUGAAUUGGGAAAUAAAUGUCAAAUAGAAUUAUUUAGUGUUGACCAUCCUUUUGUUCCUUUAUGGGCUUGUAAAGAUGAAGAAAUAAAACCAAUGUAUGAAGAAUUUCACAAUUUGAUUAAUUAUAAUUAUCCUUCAAAUAAUACUAAGUUAAUCACAUUAUCUUCUGCAUUUGGAAAAAAAGAAAAAUUACCAUGUCCAUUCACUUAUCUUCAACUUUCUGAAAUGUGCGGAUGGAAUGACACUGACAAAAAAAUUAUUGAAGAAAAAAAACCAAAAUCACCACUCCCUCUUCCUAAACAACCUCAAAUCUUAGCAAAGAAACAAGAUGAUUCAACUAUAUUUGUUCUACCUUCAGAAAAAAAAAGUGAAAAAAAUAUCUUAGACAAUGAAGUUCAAGAAAAACAACCUCAAAUAAAUAAAGAGAUUGAAAUAUCAUCAAUCCCAAAAGUUCCAAGGGAAAGUAUCUUUUCAACCAAAUUGCCACAGCAACAACCCUCUGUUAUUGUACCACAAAAUGAGAGAUUAUUAGAAGUUGAAUGGACAGACCAAAAUGAAAUUAAGGAAGAUCAGGAAAUAUUACAAUAUGCACAACAAAUAAUUGAAAAGUUAAAAGCAAGGUAUGUGUUUUCAGACACUAACGAAGUAAAAAAUGUUCUUGAUGUAUUAAGUAGCUGGGUAAAUUGA